AUGCGUGAAACCAUUAGCGGAGAUCCCCAAAUAGGAAUAAGGAUAGGGGGGCAGUCGAUGGCUCAGCAAUCUUUACCCUCUGUAAGUCACGUCAUGGGUCCACUGCCUGGUCAAUACCGUAGCUCAUCAUCGUAUGCUUCACCGCAGUCUUCACAACCAGCGACACCUAUCCAUCCGUCUAGCAUGGCACCUUCUCCAUUGGCUGCAUCUCCGACCCCAGGACCCGUAAGGAUGGUUAGUAUACCUCAACAGAACCCUUCUCCACUUCCAAUGCCAAAUAUGCAAGUUUCUGCUCCUGUUGCUUUUGUACGCCCUCCAGAUCCCACUCCGCUUCAAACUAACCCACAAAUGCACGUCAUUUCUUCUACACAGUAUCCUGUGGCUGACAAUGAAAGAAUACAGCCAUCUACAAACGGUCUGCAGCAGAAGCCUCAAAAUGAACAUCUGACUCCCAAAGAGAGAUAUCGACAGCUGAAAAGCCGCUUCAAAUACCUAGUCUAUGAGAAUGAAUGUUAUCAAGAGGAGCUUAGAAAUCUACAGCGAAAGUUGCUGAAACUUUCGAGGGAUAAAAAUUUUUUGCUGGAUCGGCUACAACCGUAUGAAAUGCUAAGCAACUCUUCCGAUGAAUCAGACUCUAACUCUGUUAAAACAGUUGAAGAGAAACCGAAAGUACCUAAAAAGAAACCCAGACCUGCUGCCCCGAGACGUCGUCCACCAGUUCAAAAAGUGAAGCCGGGUAGUAUAAAUCAGGCCACUGGCAGACCAAAUGCGCCUUCCUCUUCUUACUCAGGUCGACCAGAAGAAAUUAAAAUUGAAACAGACGAUAUGCAGUCGUCUGGCGAGCAAAAGUCUUUGGCUCUUGGAGAGCAAAUUGCAACACUUAACGGCUCUGCUAGCGUUAAUUCUGAACCUGGAAAUGCUAGCUCCUUAACGCCUUUAUCUAACGCUGAGGAUAUAAAACGUGAAACAUAA